GGCGGGGAAGUGGCGUCUGAAGCCAGGUCGGCGGGGCUCAGGGUACCCGUGAGAGUAAGAGGAGGCGACGGCCGCUGGGGUGAGGUGCGAGGCGGCGCGCGACGGCUGACUCGAGAAGCGGAUGUGAGAGUACAGCAGAAAAUGUCCACUGAACGGACUUCUUGGACAAGUUUGUCCACUAUUCAGAAAGUAGCACUGGGCCUCGGGAUCCCAGCCAGUGCAACGAUCGCCUAUAUCCUGUACCGCAGAUACAGGGAAAGCAGAGAAGAGCGGCUGACAUUUGUUGGGGAGGACGACAUCGAGAUAGAGAUGCGGGUCCCCCAGGAGGCUGUGAAGCUCAUCAUUGGCCGGCAAGGAGCCAAUAUUAAACAGCUGCGAAAACAGACAGGUGCUCGGAUCGAUGUGGACACAGAGGAUGUAGGAGAUGAGCGGGUGCUGCUUAUCAGUGGUUUUCCUGUUCAGGUGUGCAAGGCCAAAGCAGCAAUUCAUCAGAUCCUGACAGAGAAUACCCCAGUGUCUGAGCAGCUCUCAGUUCCCCAGAGAUCUGUGGGCAGAAUCAUAGGAAGGGGCGGAGAGACAAUUCGUUCUAUCUGUAAGGCCUCAGGAGCCAAAAUUACCUGUGACAAAGAAUCAGAGGGGACAUUGCUGCUGUCAAGACUUAUAAAAAUCUCAGGAACACAGAAGGAAGUGGCGGCAGCCAAGCAUUUGAUACUGGAGAAAGUUUCAGAAGAUGAAGAACUCAGGAAGAGAAUUGCUCAUUCUGCAGAAACCAGAGUCCCACGCAAGCAGCCAAUCAGCAUAAGAAGAGAGGAAGUGACAGAGACAGGUGGAGCCGGGGAGCCGGCAUUAUGGAAGAACACUGGUAGUCGCUUGGAGCAGGCAGCACCACUGGCAGUUCCUCCCCACAGAGGAGGUGGUGACAUGGCUGUUGUAGGGCCGAAAGAAGGCUCCUGGGAGAAACCUAAUGACGACAGCUUUCAGAAGUCUGGAGCCCAGACCAGUCCAGAGAUGUCCAUGUUUGAAAUCCCCAGUCCAGACUUCAGUUUCCAUGCUGAUGAAUUCCUCGAAGUCUAUGUCUCUGCCUCUGAACAUCCUAACCACUUCUGGAUCCAGAUCAUUGGCUCCCGCAGCCUGCAAUUGGAUAAGCUUGUCAGUGAGAUGACCCAACACUAUGAAAACAGUCUGCCUGAAGACUUGACUGUGCAUGUAGGAGACAUUGUUGCAGCACCUUUACCUACAAAUGGUUCCUGGUAUCGAGCCCGGGUCCUUGGGACCUUAGAGAAUGGAAACCUGGACCUCUACUUCGUUGACUUUGGAGAUAAUGGAGAUUGCCCACUGAGGGACCUCAGAGUGCUCAGGAGUGACUUCCUAAGCCUUCCAUUUCAAGCAAUAGAGUGUAGUUUGGCACGGAUCGCCCCCUCAGGUGAACAAUGGGAAGAAGAAGCUUUGGAUGAGUUUGACAGACUCACUCACUGUGCUGACUGGAAACCCCUGGUGGCCAAGAUCUCUAGUUAUGUCCAGUCUGGGAUCUCAACUUGGCCCAAGAUCUACUUAUAUGAUACUAGCAAUGGGAAGAAACUUGAUGUUGGGUUAGAAUUAGUUCGUAAAGGAUACGCAGUUGAGCUUCCUGAAGACGUGGAAGAAAACAGAACUGUCCCAGGAAUGUUGCAUGAUGUGGCUGCAGAAACAGAUGUCUCUCUCAGCAGCAUGCUCCCUGAGACCAAGAAGAGCCCUGGAGAGAUACCAAACACCCCGUCCUGCCUCAGCUUAUCAGGAUUUGGCAUAAGAUUUGGUGCCUGGAGAGAAGAGCCUAUGAUAAAGAGAUCUAUGCAGUCCUUCCUUUAUUAUAUACAUGAUCUGGCUUGCUGUGGACCAAAUGCAUUUUCUCCUUCCACUGGACUACCAGAAAGCAUGUGGGGUGGAGGGAGACAAACACAUGCCCCUUCCCACCACCUCCUCGCCCACUUGCAGUGUCUGAAUACUGCUGCCCUCCUUCCAGGCUGCUCAGUAUCCCGCUCGUUCCCCUCUGCCAGUCAUAGUGCACACUGCUGCUAGGCUGUGUUCUUUUUGAGGCUGAGAAACAGCCAGCAUUUGGUCAUUGGAAGAGAUGAUUCUGCAGACUUCUGACUCACCUCAUCAGGUGACUCUGGUUAAGGGGUAUUUGAGUGGUGAACUCAAAGAUGGCAGUUGAGUCAGGAGGCAAAAGCAAAAAUCAGUAUAGUUACAUUAAAAAGCUUUAGGAAGUGGGAAGAGAAUACUGCCUCCCAGCCUCAACUGUUAAUGUUAUUGGAGUCAAGUUUUUUGAAACAGUGCUCCAGCUAUUUCCCUGUAAACUUCAGUUAAAAUACAAGUAGACAAGGAGAGAGGCAACUAUUCUAAAUUGCUAGUAUAGUGUCUAUAAUACAUAUAUAUGUACACACAGAGCCACGGAGAGAGAGAGAACAUAUGUAGCUGUUUAAAUCAUUUGAGAGAUUCUUUGCUGAAUAAAGUUCUCAAGAAAAUUACCUAAAACUAAGUGCUGGUUGAAUCACAAGGUGGAAGCAAGCCUAUGGGUAUCUUAACUGAAAUCUGCUGAAAAUUGCUGGACACCUCACACAGAGGGGCCCGUCUGGGAAACAGGUGUCCUGCUCGCGCACCCAUCAUAAAGUAACUUCAGAACCAGUUUAGGUUAGGCUGUGUAAAACCCCACCUUAAAGGGAUGGAUUAGGAUUCUAGAAACCUGGGUUCUAGGAAUAGAUCUUUGCUGUGAAUUUAUGGAGCCUGUUUCCUUGUAUAGUAUCUCUCCGUUUCUGACAGUAUCGUGAGGAUCCGGUGAGAAUUGUGAAGGUUACUUGAAAGUAAAUAUUAAUGUAACGUGGUAGAAUGGUAAAUGAGUAUUUUUUUAAGAUGAGCAUGGUAAAGUGGAAAACUUAAAACCAGUAUAUAAGGAUGCCAUAUGGAGGAUUUUUUUAAAUCGAGGAAUUAGCAGUGUCUACCCACAUACUACAUGGCAACUAUUUUCCCAUAGACAACAAUUUUCAAGAUUUAUUAUCUCAGAAAAUCUCAGUACCAACGAGCAGAAAGGUUUCUGUGAAGGUGCAUUUUUGAUGAGCAGCUUGGCUGGUCCUGGAGGAAUCAAGGGCCGCCACUGACGUGACGUUUCAGACUUGGCUGUGCUGCACACUCUGCAGCAGGCGCAGCCCUGCGGCUGGAACUGCUCUACGGCAGGGUUGUGCGGCCAGCUGGGCCCCACUUUCCUCAGCCUUUACUCCUAGGAAGGGAACUCCUUUGAUGCAAAGCGUUCACGGGACUUCUUGCUCUGGAAAAUCAGUAGUGUCUCAUUCCCAGCUGCAGCUUGUUACUCUGUAUGAAAGCCUGUUCCUUUAAUGCGGCCUUUGAGCCUUGUCAGUUUACAUCCCAUUCCGAUGGGGUCUUUAUUCUAACAGUACAAUGCUGCACUUUUCCUGCUUCCUGGAAUGCUCUCGUCAUGCUUCCUAUUUCAUCUGUUGAAAUCCUCCCCUUGAGGCAAAACUACAGGAUCCAUGUACUUCUGAUUUCCUCCACAUCAAAGAGAAGGAAUUAGCAUUUGCCUUCAAUUUGAGCCAAAAUAUAUGGAUGAAAAUUGCCCAACAAGGCCUAAAUCUUUCUGAACUCCCUAGCGCUUGGUUCUUGGCUCCUGGCAGGUGCUCAGUAGAUGGUUAGAAUAAGUGGAGAAAUGGCUGUGGGGCAGGGGAAGGCAAAAGCUAAAAAUCCUUGAGUCCUUUUCCUCUCUGGCUCAGGUCCCUCUGAUCUUUUCAGUCAUUAAAUGUUUGUCCUACAGUGA